UUGCUCAGAAUGGUUUAUUCAAUUUACUUCAAUGGUAACCUUUUGAGGAAAGUCUUCAUAUCCUCCAUGUCUGUGUGUAAACAUGUGACAGACUCUGUACUACCACAAAAAAGUGAAAAGGCAAGUAUGGCUGUUGUGCUCGGUCAAUAGACACUGCCCCGUGAGUGAGACGGGCCAUGCCGACAGCAGCCGCAAGUGUUGUCAUUUCUGUGGGAAGAUGUCAGUGAAAGGUGCCAGUUUUUGGCAAUGGGACGAGCCAGACGUCCGGUGGCAGCAGCAGUCAGUCAUUCAGUCAGUCAUUCAGUCACACUAGGAAGCCCAGUGCAGUUGCAGGCGCGAGGAGGAAGCAUGUCACGAGUGAUCCCGCCCCAUUCCCAGCAAUAACAAGCGGUGUAGGAGUGAGGGAGGCACUGGGCGCUAUGAGGUAACCCUGCAGCUCCCUCAUUCAUAGUUGCGCACGGGCCGCUAUGUCCACGGCCGUCAGUAGCGAGAGCAGCCGCAAUGGGCUAAUGAUUGCAGGAUCCAUGAAGUGCCCAGGUGGCCAAAGUGUGGAACACGGCAGAAGAUAUCAGUGUUCGGACCCCCGCAUGAGGCAGGCUGCCCUCUCAUUCCUCAAUAACAUUUCUUUGGACGGACGCCCCCUACAGGAGAAUACGUGCGCUGCAAGCAACAUCCCGCAGGCUCAGCAGCAGCAGCCGUCACCUGACAAGUCGCACAGUCCUGCUGCACUUCAUGCGGUAUCGCCUGCGACUCCUCUGCGUCAGCACAAGCAGCAUGUGGCUUCCCCACACAGCAGGAGCAGCCGGCAGCAUGUGGUGGACGCUGAGGGAACUCUGGAGGGCAACACGGAGGAAGAGCUGCAGUUAUCAGGAGAUGGAUUGAACAUUCCUAUCGCUGUUCCCGCUGUGUGCGCCGUGACUUUCUCCCCUCUGAGCUCGGGCACCCGGGGCAGGCUGAACUCAUUCACCUAUGGCAGCAUUCUACCGGCUGCUUCCUCUAGGAGCGGCUUCUGCAGCCCCGAGCAAUGUGCCUCUGACAACCCCAGGUCACGGCGCCGCUUGAUCUCCCAGCGAUCUUCUCUAGAAACACUUGAAGACAUAGAAGAAAAUGCUCCAUUACGGAGAUGUCGGACGCUGUCCGGUUCACCCAGACCAAAGAACUUUAAGAAGGUUCAUUUUAUAAAGAGCAUGCGGCAGCAUGACACCAAGAAUGGCAGGAUAGUCCUUAUUAGUGGAAGAAGGUCGUUCUGUGGUAUAUUUUCAGUGCUGCCAUAUCGAGACUGUGCCAAUGUUGGGGACCUGAAACUGGAAAGCACAAGGCAGCGUCAUUCCUCAGGGGGUAUGGGAACCCGAGAGAUGAUUCUAGGCCUCGAGGGAGUAGAACUUGGUGCUGAUGGGAAGACUGUAUCAUAUACACAGUUUCUGUACCCGACCAAUGCCUUGGGAGCCCGGAGAAACACUAUCGAUUCUACCUGCUCCUUCUCUCAGUUUCGGAACACGAGUCAUCGCAACUUGACCCUGGGCAGAGCCAACAGUGUUCAAGGCAGCAUUGAUACAGGAAGUGACAUAGGAGAGUUCAUUGAAUACGAUCCUAACCUUCUGGAUGAUCCACAGUGGCCAUGUGGCAAGCACAAACGGGUUCUAACCUUCCUUUCCUAUAUGACCACUAUCAUAGAGUACGUGAAACCUUCAGACCUCAAAAAGGACAUGAAUGAAACUUUCAAGGAGAAAUUUCCUCACAUCAAGCUGACCCUCAGCAAAAUAAGAAGCCUAAAACGGGACAUUCGCAAACUAGCGCAGGAUGAGUGUGGGUACGAGGAACCCACAGUCGCCAUGGCCUUCGUGUAUUUUGAAAAACUUGCUCUAAAGGGUAAAUUAAACAAACAGAACAGAAAGCUUUGCGCUAGUGCCUGCAUCUUGUUAGCCGCCAAGAUUGGCAGUGACCUCAGAAAACAUGAAGUGAAACACCUAAUAGAUAAGCUGGAGGAGAAGUUCCGGCUGAACAGACGAGAGCUGAUGGCCUUUGAGUUCCCUGUCCUGGUUGCCUUGGAGUUUGCUCUUCACCUGCCAGAGCAUGAAGUGAUGCCUCAUUAUCGGCGCCUGCAGCAGAGUUCCUAGCACAGGGUUGUCUCUUUGGUGUGUGUCAUUGACUGAUUGACAUGGACAUAAAGCCACUACAGCACUUGCAAAAAUAAGUGUUAAGAAAACUUUUCCAUAUUGGCGUGGCAUUUAUACUUUCCCUAUCAACAGCACUAUGACUAAUAACUGUGUUGUAGUAGAGCAGGCACUUCAAAAACCAAUCUUCCAGACAGAUUUGUAAAAUGAUUAGACGUUUAUUUGGUACAUGUGGAUACAGCCUUUAUUGGUCUUUGAAGUGCCGGCUCUACUACAACAUGGUAAUCCGGUCCCUCAUCUGAAGGUUCAGGGCGGUGCACCUGGACCUCUUCUUGUACCUGGUGAGCUUUACCUUUUGAGACCUGUAAAUUGCAUUACAUAUUACUAACAACUGCCUGGAGCAGGAUGGCAAGUAGCAAACAAUGCCUCUAACAUCUCAAAUGGUCAUUUUGCUAUGGAAUUCCCAAGUGGACUUCAGAUGCCACCUUCACUGUGUCAAAAAGACUGUGCCAAUCUAUUUCCUAUUUCUGCCAACGGAAAGAAAUGCACUUUUUUUUAUUGUUUGUGGUCCAUGACACUGAAUCCAUUUUGACCUUUUUUUAUUUGUUGGAGCAAUCCCUCAAAGUUUUAGGUCUGGGAGGGAGAAAUGUCUCCAUGUGUUUGUGUCUUCAUCCUCUCAAUAAGGGAAGCAAAGAGAUGGAUCUUUUUUUUUUUUUUUUUAUUCUCUUAGUGCAUUGACACUGAAUAUAGAGCAGUGUAAAUUUUUAUCUCAUUCCAGAAAUAUUCCAGCUUUAGCCUGAAACCUUGUUUUUCCUUUAUGUUCUGUCAUUUGGUGGCAAUGAUUUGGUGUAGAGUCGCGUCACGCCCAAGAAUUGCACUUUUCCAAUGCGGAGGAGAUGCCAAUAGUCGCACUCUUUGGUGUUAUGUUUCCAUGCUCUAUGUUAGAGUGCAUACCAAGCACAAUUUACUGUGCUACCUGUUAGGCAGUGUUUGGAGAGAUUUAAGCAGGGAUGUCCAGCAUUCCCAGGAGUUCUGCAACAUUCAGUGUGUCAGAAAUGAUCCUUCUAUGCAAAGAAUAAAGGGUCAGGCGCCAGGAAGCAGAGCAGCAACUGCACUACAUUAAAGAGGUUUUUCACCUUUAAAUUAACUUUUAGUAGGAUUCUUAGACAAUUUUCAAUUGGUUUUAAUUUUUCAUUAUUUUUUGAGUUAUUUAGCUUUUUAAUAAUUGGCUCUCCAGUUUGCAGUAUCAGCAAUCCGGUUGCAAGGGCUUAAAUUACCCCAGCAACCAUGCAUUGAUCUGUAUAAGAAACUGGAAUAUGAAAAGGAGAUGCCUGAAUAUACAGAGGAGGAAUAAAAAGUAGCAAUAACAAUAAAUGUGUAGCCUUACAGAGCAUUUGUUAUUUAGAUGGGGUCAGUGACCCCCACCCCAUUUGAACCUGGAAAGAGUCAGAAGAUGAAUGCAAAUAAUUCAAAAACCAUAAAAAAAGGAAAAAAUGACGACAGAUUGAAAAGUUGCUUAGAAUUAGCCAUUCUAUAACAUACUAAAAGGUGAACCACCCCUUUAAAGAGAACAGAUUUCAUAGUGGCAGAAGAUACACUACAUAAAUGACUACGUUUACACUUGCAGAGCUCAGAUAUACGGGACCUCUCUGUUCCACUCUAUUUUUGUAAGAUAAAACCAAUGGUUUGCCCAAUGUGUGCUCAAAUAAUGCCUAGAGAACAAUGGCUCAGAGAUCCAGGCUUCCCACUGACUUAGAGAUCUCUCACAGAUGCCUUGGGUACAAAACAAGAUUGAAUGUACUUAUCAGUGUUCCCAGUGGAUUCAAAGAUUUAUUAUAUUUUAAUGUUUUAUAUUCAGGGGCCACUUAGCAUACACACAUAGUAUACAUUUUCUUUUUUAAAUGUCUUAAAUGUAUUGUUCUCUUUGAUUGUAAAGCAUAAAGGUGCAGUUCUACCUGCAAAAAUGCCCCAA